GAUGACAACAGCUCUUUAUUUGCCUGUGAAGUGCAUACGCUGGGAGGCGAGCUCCUCUUUGCGUCGGAUAACGUUGCCAACGAGAAAUUCUCACUCCGGAGACUGUUAGAAGAGCAUGUGCUUCCUACAGUCAGGACUUCGACGCGUGUCUACUUCGAUGAAGUGAUCGGAACACUGUCGCG